AUGUGCGCAUAUAGGAAUUUUAAUCAAGUGCAGCCGCAUCUUCUGGCUCAACAAUACAGAUUAAAUAUUUCUCAGCCCACAAAGAAACCUGUUGUUCUGGAAAGGAAAAAGAAAGAAACUGGCUUACCACAAAUCCAAAUAGAAGCAGCUAAUUCAAACAGUAAACUGCAUUUCUCCUGGCCUUCUUUGCCCUCAUCUCUAGACGAAAAUUUUGACAUGUAUGACGACGAAGAGGAUAUCUUUUAUCAAAGCCGGACUGCAACCCCGUACCACAAAACUAGCCAAGAGUCACUGAUGUAUAUUUACGAAAAGGCUUGCAAGAAAAACAAAUUGUUGCCAUUAGCAUGCAUCAAAAAUGGUUUAUUGAAGCAAACAUUGUCAUGUAGGUUUGUCAACUUACAGAAAACUGAUUGUAAGUGUAUUUGUUAUGCCUUAUGUAACGACCGCUUCGUUGAACGAAUAGAAUUUCAGCAGAAUGGCAUGGGUCCAGAACCAGCACAUUAUUUUGCUGAAGUUAUACAGUACAGCUCAUUUUUAACACAUGUGAAAAUUGCUGAUAAUGAUUUGAGAUCUGAAGGCGCUAGCAUCAUAUGUAACGCCAUUAUAGACAAUAAAAUGAUAAUUUGUCUAGAUUUAUCAGGCAACAGCUUUGUCGAAAACGACGGUGAACAUUUUGAAAAAUUAAUCGAGAAGACAGAUUCUCUUAGAGAACUUUAUCUUGGACAUAAUGAACUGAUGGACCAGGGUGUAAGGAAAAUCUCACAGGCGUUGAAAAGCAACGUCACACUUCAGGUAUUGGAUUUAAGUUGGAACCAUAUCAGGUUGAAAGGUGCCGAAGCAAUUGGAGAAGCGCUAGAACAGAACAACUCCCUUCUCACGGUUAAUCUCGCAUGGAAUGGACUUCAUCAGGACGGCGCGACAAGUAUAGCACGCGCUUUACAAAACAAUGACACGCUAACCGAGCUGGAUCUAACGUGUAAUAGGCUGUCUGAAUACUGUAUAGCCGAAAUUCUCAGAGGGCUUGACAGCAAUUCUACUCUUGAAACUUUGCGUUUGGGUCAAAACCACGUGACAACUCGAGGAGCGCUCACGAUUUUGAAACACAUAAAGGAAAACAAACAGUCUGGAAUAUCAUUCCUUGACUUUGGUAAUCAAGAAGUUCAUGACAAAUUUGUAGAGUUGUAUCAAGAAAUACAAAAAGAGCGUGAUCUUAAAAUUCAGUACGGUAUGGUAUGGAGCACGGACAGAACGCCACUGUCCCAAAGCUCCGCGGACGAAGACGAAGUUGCGCUUUUAUCGUGUAACCCACUUACAGUUCUAAUGGAAUGUAUGCGCUUACAAAACAUGCGCCUGUUAGACUUCUUCAAAUCGCUGGAUACGAACAUAAGUGGUUUGAUCUGCAUCAACGAGCUUUGUGACGGUUUGAUGAAAGUUGGAAUCCCACUCCACAGGCAAACCUUACUUCAGCUGCUUAACAGGUUAGACGUAGACAAUAACAGACAACUUGACUAUGGGGAAAUGGUCGAAGCUCAACAUAUACACAGAAGAAACCUCAGAAAAAUAUUUGCUUCCAGUUCAGAAAUCAAAUUUGAGGAUACAGAAAUCGGUAGAGUUUCAGUUAUUGUUCGAAAAAUAAUGAGCAAGAACAUUAUUAUGAAAACAACGGGCAAGGAUACACGAAUGAAGUCGUCGAAGAGAAACGAGCUUGUCAGUAGAUCAAACACGCCGUCGCCAUUUCAGCUUGAACAUGUUGAAACAAAUAUGUCGGGCAGUCAGUCGGAAGAUUACUUGACUUUUAAUCAUGUGCCAUAGAAAAAAGCAAAGGAUCUCUAGCCCAUCAUGGGAUUAAACCACCAGGAAGCUCACGAAUUUCAAGCGCAUCAUCCAACACGGGAGGUCUAAUCAAUCACGUAUUUCAAGUGUAUCACCCAGUGAGAGGUCUGGAAAUUCUCGUGCCUAAACUUCAUAGUCAAAAGGGAAAGAUCAGAUGGACCACGCGUUCUGAGUGAAAUAUCGAAAUAAGCAAGAUCCAUAAGAAACACAAUGCUUUUUAUGCAUAAAAACCUGCAACAGUGAGAUGAUAACUAACAUGACUGUACAAAGUGAUAGCUCUGUCUCACCAUGCUACGGAAAAUUAUUGGGUUUACCUAUUUGAUGUGUAUCAAUCAAAAAGACAAGCACGCGAACCAUAGUUCAAGGGCUUCUCGGGACAUACUAGUAUUAAGGUGUGCUGACUUGAGAUAUGAUUAUCGGACAGGUGGGACAGUAUAGGACAGAAAUUACAUGUUUAUCAUUUAUGUCACGUUAUCAUUCCAUACAUAUAUUACUGUUUCAUAAUUUCUGAGUUAGAUAUUUUAGGGAAAUGUUGGGAUGGGGAAGACAGAUGGCCGGAACAUUUAGAAGAUAUAGAUAUAAGUUACGUUUUUCCUUUUAUGUGAUGUGUACAUAGAGGAUAUUUGUUUGUUUUAGUGAAUAUGGAAUAGUUUCCAUAACAUUCAUAAUUUGUGACUGAUAUGGAUUAUAUCUCACUGAUCAUUCACGAUGUGUUUCUUAAAACCUUAAAAUAAAAUUUCAACUUGUAUUGUUAAUAUAUCUUAAACUGUUAGUAAAUAAACAUUUCUUCGUAAAAUAGAACUAACU